AAAAUAUAAAAAGAAAUAGAAGAGCGGAAGCCUUCUAAACGCUUCGCCGGACUUUGGUUAAAUAUUGAGCUGAUUAAACAAAGAUUUUGGGGGUUGUUGGACCUUGUCUACGAUCCCCUUGAGAGUUCCUAAUUUGCCAACUAUUUUCGGGGCAGCAGCAGGCGUGGGCGUUGUGGAUCAGAUCGAAACGUAGUUUCCUUCACCAGUACCUAUCUGGGAUACGUACCGUACUAAACCUAACCUAAAGCGUCAGAAUAAAUUUGUGAGAUUUCCGAGAUUCAUGCCGAGACUCGAUUUCCGGCAGAUGGGCACCAUGCCCGCGAACACCGCUGGUCUGUGGAAGCGGGUGACCUUCCUGCUGGCCCUUCCGGCCAUCGCCCUGUGCGCCCUGAACGCCUUCUCCGGCCACAAGCACGUCGAGCGGGAGCCGUUCGCCAAGUACGAGUACCUCAGGCGCAGGACCAAGCGGUUCCCCUGGGGCGACGGCAAUCGCAGCCUGUUCCACAACGCCGAGGUCAAUGCCCUGCCCGAGGGCUACGAGGACGAGGUGGCCGAGGAGGACUAGUCACUUCUCUCCUACCCCGAUAUCGUUUUUCCCAACACUCUUCCACGAACACCCUUUGGUAAUUUGACUUUUGGACUUGUAAUUAUUAUUACAUCACCUGUGUGGCCCCUCGUUUGCAGAUUCUUCGCAAGUAAUAAAUUAAUCAUUGAGAUCUGAGUCAGUCUGUGGUUUCACUUGGCCCUGAGACCUGUCGCAUCUGGUUCGCUAAUGGUUCGGGCUUUUACUCUCGCCCAGAACCAAACAAUGAGUUAUAGGAAGGGGCGUUGAGUGGUGUGUGGGAACUGGCCGAAACAAAAGAUUGUCCCUGGAACUUUGGUCGGCUAUCAUCAUUUGUCAUGUUUUGUGCUCAUCGCAACCUGUUGCACCACUGACACGAAUGGGCCAAAUAACACGUACAUCUAUAGGCGAGGUGGAGGUGCUUUAAUCGAUCUUUUAGGCACACGUACAUACUCGCACAUAUCUGCUCCAAAGUCAGAGAUCGCAUCGCAUGGAUCGCAUUGCCCAUACGCCGUGUUGGCCCAAGCAAUUCACACCGCAGUUAGAUACAUAACUUAUACUUUCGUUGCGAUUGCGAUUACGAUAGCGUGUGUUUGCCGAAAACUUGCGACAUGAGCGGCAAGGGCAAGUACAAGUACUCCCAGCUUCCAAGUACAAAUACCCAAGUGCUCCGAGAUCCCCAGUUAAUUAGACUCCAAAUACGCCGAAUAGUGCGUAGCUGAUGAAGUGCGUUUCGAGAGCCUCUGUUCUCGAUGGCAAACUAAAUAUUGGCCCGUG